AUGUCUGGUCAUAUUUCAUCAGAGCAUUCUCGCUCUGAUUCACGAUCUUCUCAAACGCCACACUCCGGGAAUUCGACGCCUCGCCACUCCUUCGGUUGCACCUCCACCUCCAAUCCAAACGUCUUCGCCGAUGAAUACUCAUUAGAACCCAUUGACUCCGAUCGCAUCGAACGCCCCCACAGUCCCUCUUCUAUUGCAUCCUCCGCCACUAUUCGUGAAAACGCCCAGUCAAGGACUGUCAGCACGGCCACAACUGAGAACGACAACCCUUUUGGUGAUGACGCUCGAGUGUCCUUCGAUGAACCUCAUCGGUCAAGUCUGCCUCAAAAGGGGUAUAGUUUUGCCAACAACCGUAACUCGACCUCCUCUCUCAACUCGACACCUUCGAUGAUCCAGCGAAAUCAAAGUGUUUCUUCUCGUUUCUCGAUUCCCCGCGCUCUCAGCCCCUACACCGGAGCCACCGGACCCAGCCAUCCAUAUGGUAUGUAUCCACAAGUUGGGGUUAGCCGGACCCCCAGUGUAGGUAGUACUUCGACGAUACGUCCAGUCGAACGCCCACUUGAACAAUCAACUGGUCCACAGCACCCCUACGCGAUGUACUCCCAGAAUGUGGUCGAGGAAGGAAUGGAUGAUGAUAUAAUUCCAGUCGGAUUUCCAGGCCACAACCCACCAUAUCAGCCGCCCGCUGGUCGUCAGGCUGAUGACGUGGGUGAUAUCAUUGGACUGGAUGGUCACGCAGAGCCACUACCGCCAUAUUCACGCUAUCCAACUGGUGUCGUACCCAAGCCUCCAGGGGCUGAGACGACGGCCGAUCUCAACACUCCACCAGAGGAACACUGUCUCAACAAUGAAAGCCCAAGACCGCCACCAGUUUCAGAAACAUCAUCAAGGCCUUUGAUGCCUGAACAUUCUGAUUAUGGGAAUGAUGGUGGACGCGGGGAGGACAGAGUCGCUGCGACCACAGGAAUUAUGGCAUUUGAAGAGAAGCUUAAACGCAAGGGGAAACAAACUGCGUGUUGUGGCCUGCCGGUGUGGACUUUGGUUCUCAUUGUAACUGUGAUGAUCAUAGGAGGGUGUAUUGGAGGUAUCAUUGGGGGCAUUUUGGGGACCAAGAAAGCUGCAGAAGCGGCAACUGGAGACCAAGAAGCUCAAAAAUCCAGCAUAUUACCAAUUAUAACGGUCACUGCGACUCCCCAGAUGGAUGCAUCUAUGAUACCCACCCCCACAAACAUCAGACAAAUCCCUACCGGUCACUACAUGGUUCCUUCCGGUUACCAGAACGGAUCGGGGCUUUGCGUGGACGAGUCGAAUUACGGGAAAGCUUGGAAAUGCAUGCAAGCGCCGAGCGAAUUUGACAUUUAUAUCAACGAAACAAGAGGUCACUAUUCCGUCAUUUUCGACUACGAUUCUCCAACCCCGACCUUCACAUAUGGUGCCCAGGCGCCAUAUUGGUCUGCUUCGCCUACACAAGCCUUGAGUAUGGCCAUUGAUACCACUGAUAUUGGCAUGGGCCCCGCUCUGUUUUUCCUUUCCCCGUUCGACAAGUUGGUCAUUGUCCCAGACGAAACAUUCUCUAACUCCCUCUCCAAGCGCUCAUGGGUGGAAGAUGGGUGGACACAGACAAGUGCAUAUAAGAACAUGAAGCAGACUGCAGAAAUCGGCGACAAGCCGUGGUUCUGUUGGUGGAAUAACACGAUGAUGGAGUUCUUCUUAUACGUCAACCAGUCGACGUCGUAUUCCUUGAGCGAUACCGCUUCCGUCAACAGCAACAUGCCGGCAAGCACAGCUGGCUUAAAUGCUGACUCUAAACGCGGCACCUACUCGCUCGCUCAUUACCCACGGAGGAUCAAGAUGGAGGAGCGCCGAGACGACCCAUUGCGUGAACCUCCUUAUUGUCAGCAAAUGCAAAUUCGCAGUAACGGGGGUCUGGCGCUUCUUUCGGGCAAUGUCAUCAACAUUAAAGAGAAUGAGCCCACGCCGACUACUACCUACACCAAUUAUAACGGUCGCACUGCUCAGACAUACACUGCCCAGGCAUCUUAUGCUAGCCCGUGCUACUGUGUGUCUCUGACUGACUAG